GUCUGAUCGAGCGACCCACCCAGCGGGUAGCGAAAACGAAGGAGCCACAGUUACGCGGCGGUAACCGUGCGGCGCCUGAUUCUGGCGUCUGUCAAUUCUUCAUAUAUACAUAUAUACCUAAAUAAUACUGACUCCAUUUACGCAAUAAAAUAUUACGAUAUAUUGUUAUCAGAGCAAGUAUUUAAAUACAAUCCAGUAAUAAUAAAACUGACAUAUCAAUUCACUUGUGAGUGAUCAUUAAGUGAUUUAAAAGACGUGACAUUUACGUGUGUAUUUAUUUAUUUACUCGUGUAUUUUAUUUAGUUUUUUUUUUAUCCAUUAAUUUGUGAUUAGAUAAAAUAUUGAUUUGAAACUAAAGCAUAAAAACAAAUCAUAAACUGUAGGCGUUUUUAAAUUUUAUAACAAAAGGACGACGUGCUGCGCCGGCAGCGGCAAGGAAUUUUUUUAUUUUAAUAGUGUGUACGACAAAAUGUCAGUAAGGAUGAUCAACAUUUGUCUGACAGCGAUUAUCGGCCUCCUGGUGGCACAGACACAGGCCGUGUCAGAGAGACUAGAAUUGGCGCCAGCCGGAGGAAGAUCUGAGCCUCAGGUUGCUACGCUUUGUGAAGCCAGUGAGACGUAUCUUGCACAGCAUAUGGGCGAACAAGGACGAUGGGUAUCGUCAACGGACACAAAAAGCUGCAUGACAGACAAACUGGAGAUUCUCGAGUACUGCAAGAAGGCAUAUCCGAAGAGAGACAUAACGAAUAUUGUCGAGUCGUCUCACUAUGUACGAGUUGGCGGUUGGUGUAAACCUGGACGAACUAAAUGCAAACUGUCUCGAUGGGUCAAGCCGUACAGAUGCCUUGAGGGACCUUUCCAGAGUGACGCUCUUCUUGUACCAGAAGGAUGUCUCUUUGAUCACUUACACAAUCACACCAAAUGCUGGGAGUCUCACAGGUGGAACUCGACGGCAGCAGACACAUGUCGAGAGAGAAACAUGAAUUUACGGAGUUUUGCGAUGCUAUUGCCUUGCGGAAUAUCUCUCUUCUCCGGUGUGGAGUUUGUGUGCUGUCCCAAACAUCUGAAAGAUAAUGUUAAGCCAAAAAAACCAAUUGAUUUACCGGUUGUCAAAGGCACAGAGGAUGACUUAGACGAAGACGAGGAUGAUUUAGACGAUGAUGAUGACAUUGAUAGUGAUGGAGACAGCGACAGUGAGGCUGACAAUGAGGACGAUGACUCGGAUGGUGAUCUAGAGGACGUACUGAGCGAUCAAGCGUAUGAAGAUGAGAGCGAUGAGGCAUAUCUUGAUGAUUAUGACACGACAACUGCAAGCAGUAAGCCCUCGACCACUGUAUCAACAACGGAGAAAAGUAAACAAGAAGCUACUGCAAUGCCUGUACCUGUUAGCUCAAGCUCUCAAUCACCAUCACAGCCCCAGGGGACACCUGAUCCAUAUUUAACGCACUUUGAUCCACGUUCCGAGCACCAGAGUUACAAACAAGCGCAAAUGCGUCUCGAGGAAGUACACAAAGAAAAAGUUACAAAGGUGAUGAAGGACUGGAGUGAUCUCGAGGAAAGAUAUCAAGAUAUACGUGCUCGUGAUCCAGUUGCUGCUGAUGCAUUUAAACGAUGGAUGACUGCUAGAUUCCAGGAGACUGUUGCGGCUUUAGAAGCCAGUGGUGCUGCUGAGAAACAUCAGUUAAGUGCAAUGCAUCAGCAACGAGUUCAAGAAGCUGUCAAACAGAGAAAUGAAGAAGCUAUGUCUUGUUACACUGCUGCGUUGAAUGAAACACCACCAAAUAUGCACCGAAUUCAAAAAUGCCUGCAAAAAUUGCUACGUGCUCUUCAUAAAGAUCGACAUCACACAAUCGCUCACUACAAACAUUUAUUAGACAGUAGUCUGGAGCAAGCACAGCGUGAGAAACCAGCGACACUUGAACAUUUAGCUGAAAUUGACAGGAUUACAAAUCAAAGUCUCUUGAUGUUGGAACGGUAUCCAGAAUUGAGUGCUAAAAUUGGACGGCUGAUGGAUGAUUAUGUAUUGGCCCUCAGGAGCAAAGACGAGACGCCGGGACUUCUUCUUGCUAUGACGCGGGAAGCUGAGGCUGCUAUUUUGGAUAAAUACCAAGCUGAUGUAGCAAGCAAACAACAAGAAAAGGAACAUCAAAAGCAGUUGGAGCGCGAACGUAAAGAGCAGCGUAAAGUAGAAAGAGGAGAGUUGCGUUCGGAGCAAGAACAACACGAGGAUGGAGAUCCUGUUAUUGAGAAGAAAGAUAUAGUGCAGCCUCCAGUUGAGCCACAGCAGCAGCAACAGUCACAGCAGCAGCAGCAACAGCAGCAACAACAGUCAGCAGCUGCUGCAAUGCACAACGAGGGUAUUAUCAGAGCUGCACACAGUAUGACUCAUGAUGUUUCGCAUUCAGAACCUGGAUAUUCUGUAAGGCGAGAGAUUUAUCACAGAGAAAGCCGUUCAGUUUACUUCACUUUAGCAUUUGUUGGUAUUGCACUGGUGGGUGCGGCACUUGUUGCCGUUGCAGUAUUCAAAAGACGCAGUGCCAGAAGCCCACAUAGUCAAGGAUUUAUAGAAGUUGAUCAAGCGGCAACUCCCGAAGAACGACACGUCGCCAAUAUGCAAAUAAACGGAUAUGAAAAUCCUACUUACAAAUAUUUCGAAGUGAAAGAAUAAGUUUAUUAUAAUUAAAGCAAAAAGAAAUUUUCUUUUUUUAUUUUUUUUUUCCACGACGAUCGGUAGGAAGAUAAUCGAUCAAAAAAAAAAUUAUCUACACACUGUUUGUCUCAUUAAUAACUUUCUCACCCACAUCUCCCUUGGAGAAAUCUCAGAAUCUCAUAUAGCAGUUCGUGAUUUAAAAAAAAAGUAAUUAAUUAAUUAAAUAAAGAUUAGUUUAUACAUGCUUUCGCGCGAUCCUGCAGAAUAUACUGGUAUAUUAAUAUAUUAACGACCGGCUGGAUCAGACAAAAUUUUUUUAAUUAAUUAAAAAAAAAUAAAAAAUAAAAAAAAAAACGUCUAAUUGUUAAUCAUCUCAAGACGUAUGAUAUUCUAAAUGUGCCGUCCGUCAUCGUAAUCACGUGCCAUAGAGGCGAGACAUUGUAGGACUUUGAUGUUUGGAAGCGCAAUCAUGUCUUUUUACAACACCCAUACAUACGCAUCUCUUUCAGAAAUUUUUUACUUUUGUUCUGAUAUUUUUCAAGAUUCUUUACAGUUUAUGAUGUAAAAGAAUUUAAAUAAAAGUAAAAAAAUAAAAAAAAAGUAAUUAAAAUAAAGUAUAAAAAAUAUAAUUAAGAAGCCGUAGCUUGGAUCUGGCAGCCGUGCAGGCAAUCGACUGUAGCUUUAACUGCAGAGCUAAUUGAAGAUAUUUAUUACACAAUGAAUAUAUAAGUAAAUAAAUGAAUAAAUGAAUGAGAGCUAGCUAUUAUGUAGCAUGUACGCGAAAGUAUAUGAAACGCCAUAAUUAUUUAAAAAGAAAAAAAUUACAAGUACUCUUGAAAUAUCAGAACGUCCAUUGAUAAAAUUUUUAUUUUAAACUCGUACUAUUUUAUUAUUAUUAUCAUUAUUUAUAACGUCCACUGCCUGUUAUUAUUUUUUAUUUUUAAAAAUAAGUAACCAGUACUUAAUUGUUCGCUAUUAAAAUUUUAGAUAAUAAACUUAAUUUUACUAUUAUUGACAUUAUUAUUUAAAAUUUAUGUUAAUUAAUAAUUUAACAAACAAAUUUAUAUUAUUUUAUCAUUCCAUAAGUCAUUGUUUAUUUACACAUUAUUUUUAUUUGAAUUAUUAAAAAUAUUUAUUUUAAAAAAACAAAACGAUCGUCUCGUUAAUUUUUUUUUAUCAUCUACUCAAUUAAAUUUUAUUGCAGUGCGACAUAAUUACCUCCUAAUAACGUAAAAAAAAAAUUGAAACUUAAUUAUUAAAAAAAAAAGUGGCGGCUGUUAAAAUUACCCUCAGUUUUUUUUUUCUUUUAAAUUCCAUUCUCAAAAAAUCGUUCAUACAAUAACUAUCUUAGGAUAAUUUUAAUGGUACAUAUACAUGUAUGAUGAAUACAGAUAAUAUAAUAUGAAGAUAAUGAGAAUGAUAAAUAUAUAUAUAUAUUAUAUAUUACACACGUUUAAUGCUUAUAUAUUUGUAUAUGAUCAAGAGAUAGAUACACCCACCUUUGGCCCGGAUAUCCACGCGUUACUUUUUAAUUAAAAUUUUUUAUUUUAAUCAUCUUACCCCCUUAUAAAAUAAAUAUUUGAAGAAAAGCAAAAAUAAUUGAUUUCAAAAAUUAACUUAAUUAUUUCUUAAUAUUUUGAAUACUGAGGACACGUGUGACGAAAUAAAUAUUUACCAAUUAAUUUAAUCAUCAUAAUAAAAAAAAUAAUUACUCUUAAUUAAAAACUAUUAAUGGUGAAUUGGAUAAAUAGUUAAUUUGCUUGUUAACGCAUUAAAUAAUUUUUUUUGUGGUAUUAAUAUUUAAUGGGUAAAUGAUAAUGAUUAAUAAUUAAUUCGUCGCACGUACCUCGAUGUGAAAUGAUGAUGGAUUGGCCAAGGUACAUACACACUAAAACGACUACACAGAUACAUAUACACGCGGUAAAAAAAAGUAAAUAAUUGAAUAAAUAUAAAUAUAAAUAAUAAAAAAAAAAACAUACUCUUUACUGCUAAAUGUUAUAUUAAAAAUAUUAUUUUAGAUAUGUUAAGAAAAUAAAAUAAUAAUACAGCAAUUACUACGUGAACGUCAAAUGGCGAGGAUGAAAAAUACAGCAGAUAGCAUCAAUACAUUUAAAUAAUAAUUAUAAUAAUAAUAAAUAAUAUUAAUGAUAAUUACAUAAUGAUAUAUAACUAUAUAGCUCAAUAAAAAAUAAUGAAAUAAAAUAAACGAGUAUGUAUUUAUAUAUCAUUAUAAAUAAAUAAUUAUGUACCUAUAGUGUGUAGUUACUAAAAAAAAAAAAAAAAAAUGAAAAAAAAUAAAAAAAAAGCAUUGUCGUAUGUAAAACAGGACUGACUCCGCGUCACAGGUUUUGUAUAAAUUUAUCAAAGUUAUAUUUUAUUUUAAUUAUUAUUAAUAAUUAAUUAUUGUUUUUAUUUAACAGUACAGUCCAUUACCACGAUGGUAAUUUUAUUUAUUUAUAAUUUUAUUUGAUUAAAAAAAUAAAAUAAAAUUGAUAAGAAUUUUCGUGGGAUCGGACGUAACAGUAUUAGAACGAUUGGAGCAUAUCAGUUUGAUAAAUUUAAUUUUGAAGGUAACUGAUUAAAUUGUUUAGUGACCUUCAAAAUUAUCCUGUGACCUGGUAUCAGACCAACUCUAUACGUAAGUUUAAGAAUUGAUUUUUGUAAAGAGGUAAUAAUUCUAUACUGAAAUAAUAAUACUUACGACUUAGCUUAAUUAAUUAAAAUAAUAAAUAAAUAAAUAAAGCACGUGAGGUGUGAAAAGAUUAAUAAAUAAAAUAAAUAAAAAAAAAUAUACGUCCUUCAGUAGAAGUCCAAGUUGCAAAUGGAUUAUAAUAAUAAUAUUAAAUUAUCUGAUCUGGUAUUUUAUACUAAUUUUAAUUUUAUUUAAUGACACGUAAUAUUUAGUUUCAGUUGAUAAUAAUUAAUUAAAAAUCCAAUUCCUUUUGCACUCCCUGUUAAAUUACUUGGAUGUAAGUGAAAAUUCCUUUAAAAAAAAUAAAUUAAUUAUAAAUAAUUGCAUGCAUAUUUCAGAAUUAUUGUUAAUAAAUAAAAUUAUUAAUAAAAUAAAAAUAAACAGUUCAAAAUGUACAGCCGAUUCGCCCAAGUUUCGCUUCGCACAUAUGAGACACUUAUUAAAUAUAUUUAAUUAAAUGUGUGUCAUAAAAUAAUUUUUUUUGUCAUUGUACAAUAAAUAUUUAUUAAAAGAAUGAAAGAGGGAGAGAAUGACAGACGAAUGAUUAUUGAAAGAAGAACAGGCUCGUUAGAAAAAAAUAUAAAUAAAUGAAUAAACAAAGAAAGCUUAUUAUUAACAGCAAUAUAUCGAAGAUUACAUUUUUUUUUAAUUUAAUUCAAUUUUUUUUUAAUUAGAUACGUUUAUCCGCAGUACGUAUUAACUAAUUAAUGUCUUUAAUUUUUUAUUAGUUCUUCGGAGUGGACUUGAUAAUAAAUUAAAUUUUAAUAUUAAUGCGGAUGAAAUAAUGAUAGUAAAUUUUUUUCUUUUCUACUCGAUCUUUUUAUUUUACCGUAAAAUAAAAAUAUAAACUUGGUAAAUUAUUGUGUUUGUGGAUACAUGUAAUUCUACUUAUCAAUAAAAUAUUUAAAAAUACCUUA